CAGGGCACCUUGGGACCUGGCGUGGGCGACCCCAGCGGGACGGGGCCUCCGGGUCUUCGGUUCCGGACGGCAUAGGUCUUAAAGAGAGGGGGGCGCAUUGCACAGCAACCGAGGCCGCUGGGAGGGGCCACCCGUGAAACUGAGGUUCUGGGCUCGACCUGGUUCCUUUGAGCUUGAAGGACAGCGGCUGAACAGGGAGAUGCCCUUCUCCCUUGAGAACUAAAUGCUGUUUUGAUAGGCCCAGCAGUUGAGGGGACGGGGGCCCGCUCUCGCAAAGUACUUAAGAUUUCUUGCCCGGAAACCUUGAGAAUAAGUGCUGCUGUGUGCCCCAGGGCGACAGGAAAGCUCGGGUUCUCUUCCAGAAAUCUGUAGGGGAACCUACAUAGACUGUAGGAGCCUGCCUGGGUGAAUGAGUGAGUGCUAGCUAACCAGAGUCUGGAUUUACUUACAUGCAGACUAGGGAAGAAGACACCUGGAUAGCCUAGGAGAAUCGAAGCAACUCAGGGGCAGGGAGGAAUGUAAGAGGGAGGAUGCCCGAGAACUUAAGGGCAUAAUGUCCCACACAUGUAACCACAGCAGUAAAGAGAUAGAAGCAAGAGGAUCAUGGGUUCUCAGAUGUUUAUAUAAAGAAACCCUGUUUAAACACACACACACACACACAAAAAAAAAAAAAAUACAGAAAAUCAAGGGAGAGGAAUAAGCUCCAUUAAUGGAAAAUUUGGGAAGAGGAGUGCUUGGUGACAUAAUUUCUCUCCCUUUCCAAGGAGUCUUUGGUAGGACAGAAGACCUUUUCUAGAAUGUUUUAAGUUGGCCCCAUCUAGUGUGUGUCUGGGUACUAAGACUGCUCCAGGAUGGGCUCAGUAGCAGCAGUGGCUUCUCAGGGAGCUCAGGCGCCCACACGGGCCUUGUUCCUUAAACCCACAGUUGCUCACUCGUUCUGCUUUGGCCGUUCUCCUCUGAGUGGUUGAAAUCAUGGUGGAGCAUGUGCGCUCACUGAAAAGCCACCCCGGAGAGACAGGGACAGCUCUCCAGUCCUUCUUGCCGGUCAUUUCCACGCGUGCAUUUCUGCCUGUUAAGUUCUGUUCUCCGCUCUCGCCCUCCUUCCCCACCUGGGCUGCUGGGGGCCGGACUGCCAGUUUCCUGGUAACAGGAUGCUAGUGUUUAAGUCCUGCUAAGCUUUUAGAGAAGCAACUGAGAAGAGAAUGACGUGCUAGGUCAAGAAGUGGGGUAGCGGGGCUUUGUACUGAUGUGGCCUUGUGACGGGGCCCUUCCAGUCCGUGACUCAGACCCCUGGAAAGGAUACUUCACAUUAGGUCACCUGUCAGUCCUGGCCUUCACCAUAGCUCCUGCUUUGCUGACUUUGGUGAGACACCUUUUUCCCCUGAUCUUGGGGCCCACAGGUCUGCAGCUUGUGCUCCCAGUCAAUACUGCUCACAGUGAAGGUGACAUCUUUCCUCCAGUUUCACAAAAUGAAUGUGACGUGGUUACCCAGACCAAGACCUAAACUUCGCAGAGAGCCCAGCCUGCUGUUCUGAUGCCGAAAGGGAGGCAGAAAGUCCUACACUUGGAUGCCCCCCUGGGCCUGCCCAUCUGCCUCUGGCUGGAAUUAGCCGGGCUCUUCUUUAUGGUUCCCUGGGUCAUGGGCCUGUCAGAGGCAGGUGGGCUUGACCCCUUGGGUGCAGGGGGGCUAAGCUGGGCCGUGCAUCUGGACAACCUAGGAGAGAGGAAGGAAGAGAGUCUGACACAGCAGGCAGACGCCGUGGCCCGGGCAGCAGGCCUGGUGAAUGCUGGGCGCAUUGGAGAGCUUCAGGGGCACUACCUCUUUGUCCAGCCCGCUGGGCACAGGCAAGCCAUGGAGGUGGAGGCCAUGCGACAGCAGGCAGAGGCUGUGUUAGCCAGGCACGCAGCUGUGCGCUGGCAUUCAGAGCAGAGGCUGCUGAAGCGGGCCAAGCGCAGCAUCCACUUCAAUGAUCCCAAGUAUCCGCAGCAGUGGCACCUGAACAAUCGACGGAGCCCAGGCAGAGACAUCAAUGUGACAGGUGUGUGGGAGCGAAAUGUAACUGGGCGAGGGGUGACAGUGGUGGUGGUGGACGAUGGAGUGGAGCACACCGUCCAGGACAUUGCACCCAACUAUAGCCCAGAGGGUAGCUAUGACCUCAACUCUAAUGACCCAGAUCCUAUGCCCCACCCUGAUGCGGAGAAUGGUAACCACCAUGGGACCCGGUGUGCAGGAGAAAUUGCAGCUGUGCCCAACAACAGCUUCUGUGCAGUGGGUGUGGCCUAUGGGAGCCGAAUAGCAGGUAUCCGGGUGCUGGAUGGACCACUCACAGACAGUAUGGAGGCUGUGGCAUUCAACAAGCACUAUCAGAUCAAUGACAUCUACAGCUGCAGCUGGGGUCCAGAUGAUGAUGGGAAGACAGUGGAUGGUCCUCACCAGCUUGGAAAGGCCGCCUUACAACAUGGAGUGAUGGCUGGUCGCCAGGGCUUUGGGAGUAUCUUUGUGGUUGCCAGUGGUAACGGGGGCCAGCACAAUGACAACUGCAACUAUGAUGGCUAUGCCAACUCCAUCUACACUGUCACAAUAGGUGCUGUGGACGAAGAGGGGCGGAUGCCUUUUUAUGCAGAGGAAUGUGCCUCCAUGCUGGCAGUUACCUUCAGUGGUGGAGACAAGAUGCUUCGGAGCAUUGUGACCACUGACUGGGACCUUCAGAAGGGCACUGGCUGCACGGAAGGCCACACAGGGACCUCCGCUGCAGCUCCUCUGGCAGCUGGCAUGAUAGCCCUCAUGCUGCAGGUGCGGCCCUGCCUCACAUGGCGGGACAUCCAGCACAUCAUUGUCUUCACAGCCACCCAGUAUGAGGAUCGUCAUGCAGACUGGCUCACCAAUGAGGCUGGCUUCAGCCACAGCCACCAGCAUGGUUUUGGCCUGCUCAACGCUUGGAGACUCGUCAAUGCAGCCAAGAUCUGGACGUCUGUCCCUUACUUAGCCUCCUAUGUCAGCCCUGUGCUGAAAGAAAAUAAGGCUGUCCCUCGGUCCCCCCACUCUCUGGAGGUGCUAUGGAAUGUCAGCAGGAUGGACCUGGAGAUGUCGGGGCUGAAGACCCUGGAACAUGUGGCAGUGACAGUCUCCAUCACUCACCCACGACGUGGCAGCUUAGAACUGAAACUCUUUUGUCCCAGUGGCAUGAUGUCUUUGAUCGGCGCACCCCGCAGCAUGGACUCGGAUCCUAAUGGCUUCAAUGACUGGACCUUCUCCACUGUGCGGUGCUGGGGGGAAAGAGCAAGAGGCAUCUACAGACUGGCUAUCAGGGAUGUAGGAGAUGAGCCGCUCCAGGUGGGCAUCCUCCAGCAGUGGCAGCUGACCCUGUAUGGCUCCAUGUGGAGUCCAGUAGACAUCAAGGACAGACAAAGUCUGUUAGAAAGCGCUAUGAGUGGGAAAUACCUGCGUGAUGACUUCACCCUGCCUUGCCCGCCUGGGCUGAAAAUCCCUGAGGAGGAUGGUUACACCAUUACCCCUAACACCCUCAAGACCCUGGUGCUGGUGGGCUGCUUCACUGUCUUCUGGACCAUUUAUUACAUGCUAGAAGUAUACUUGAGCCAGAGGAACAUGGCUUCCACCCAAGGUUGCAGGAGCGGACAUUGCUCCUGGCCCCAGCGGAGCCAGAACUCCAGGGAGGUGGGGACAGAGCUAGAAUCAAUGCCUCUAUGCAACAGCAAGGACCAGGGUGGAGUGGAGUCAGAGAAUGGGGGCUGCACCACCACCUCUAGCUUCCUGGCCCCAGAGGUACUCAGUGAAGGAGACUGGAAUCUGUCCCGGAGCGCUAAGAGUCUCCUGGACCAUCCUCAGCACCAACCCCCAGACCUGCUACAGGUGAAGGAUGGACAGAUCUGCUGACCCCAGGGCCCAGCGUCCUCCAUGUGCAACAGGCUCCUUCUCGAACUGGUGAUGAGGCUUCCAAUCACGGAUGCUCAGGAGAGAAAAUGGUCCUGAUCUGGAAGCCAAGGCCUCUGAAGCAUUCUUGGUACCCUCAGGAGGACGAGGGCCAUCUUAAGAGCAGUGGUAGAAGACUGGUGAUCAUAGGUUCCUCUAGCUGAGCUUUGCUGAUAAGCCUUGGACAAGGGAUUGGCACCUACACCAGGCAGCCCUUGGUCUCACCCCUCUGAGGCUGGUCAGUGAUCUAGGCCACCAAGACCUCCACCCAUUCGUGAGUUAUGCAGACGCCUGUGUACCCACGAACACUCUCAACAGAAGUGUCAUUGUACAGAGGGCCCAGAGGAGGGGCUGGCAAAAGCCUGGGCAUGCCUAACUCAAAAGCAGCUGCUCCAUUACCCUUUGCUGUGCAUCUGGUCCGAAGCCAACCUCAAACCUGCCCUGUCCUUCACCGCCACACUCCCUUCCUGCUGAGGGUGAAGCUCCCGGGAGACUGGGAGGCAUGUGAUUCACAGCACCCCUGCUGCCUCACUGGGGAGGUUGUCUGGUAGGACUGCAGAGAGCUGAGACACUAAUGUCAAAGACAGCUUGGGAGCCACUGCCUGUGACCGCCCUGUCUUCCUCUGCAAAGUGCUCAGGGAAAUGGCCUUCAUUUCCAAGGCCAGCUGUCUGCCUGACUUUUCCUCCAUUCUUGGCCUUCUCCCCUUCCCAUCUUCUGAGCUGAUUGUUAAUCUGAAUUUUUUAAUGCUUAAGAUUUGAUUUUUACUUUUCACAGCAACAUUUUGUUGAAUUUUUUUCUGCACAGCUUUUCCAAAAUAAAAACCAGAAGUAUAAAAAUCCAAACAA